GGAAGUCUAUGUCUCCACUAUCGACACCGGAGAAGAAAAAGGACAGAUGUUUGGGUGGAACUAUUCACUUGAAUGCCGGAAUUCGAAUCGUAGUGUCGAUCGGUACACUGGUGAUUCUGGCUCUCGUUGUGGCAUUGUACCUAAAAUUCCGAAAAGCACUUUUCGUACUGCUUAUCCCGACCGCAGUUACUGUGAUGACAGUGGUAGCGAUUAUCACUAGGAGACAUCACCUCGUCUGGCCAAUCAUUGCAACUUCCAUGUUUCACGUAGUGCUCGCAUGUUAUGCCAUACUGAUCUUCUCCUUCUACUUCUUCUUCAAACCUUUCUACAUCAUUAUGGUAUUGAACUGGGCAUUUGACACUCUACAUACGGACAAGACCGAUUCGUACUACAUCCAAUGCAGCGUCAUCUUCGCCAGUCUAACGAUCUUUCUUGUCUACAAUUGCUGGCAAGCCAUCAUCUCGUUAUCCUAUCAAGAACAUCUACGACUGACGCGACCCAGCUAUUCGCCCAGACCUACCGUAUUGAUUGUGAAUAAGCAACCCCAAUAUUAAGGAUGAGCUUUACUCCAUUAUUAUCUCCCCCCCCCUCUUCGGCUCAAUACUAACAUAUCGUGUCGAGGCCAC